GGAAUUCGAAAUAAAGCAGACGAUAAUCGCACGUGCUGCUGUAAACAAACCGUUUUGCGUUGGAUAAAAAACCAUUUCGCGCGGGGUAACAAUAAGAACACGGCAAUAAAUUUAUUCAAAAAGCUCUUCUCUAUUAAAAUAAUUUUACUAUGCAGUGUUUCCAGAAGUGUUUUUGAUGUGAUGAAAAAGACUUGAGCCGAUUGUUUUCUUUCGUGGAUUAAUUAAGUGGAACAAUUUUGACUGUUGUGUGUUUCCAUGUCGUGUGCCGGCCGUGCGGUUGGUUUUGGUGCUGGUAUGUUGUGGAUUCGCUGCGAAGGUUAACGCCGAAGAUGAAGGAUGUUACACGCCCGGCAGUGUGGCCGGCAUCGUUAUUGCGACGGUUGUGGUUACUCUAGUGACUGCAGGAUUAGCCGCUGCUUUUAUUUGGUACCUUUGGAAGCAAAGAAAAGGUGUUUACGAUGAUGAUAAAUCAGGGAAACCAAUCGCUUGCCCUCCUAUGUCUCCGGACAAACAGCUAAUCGUCCGUGAAACAAAUGAUUAUGCCUUUGAUAACCCCUACUUCAAGGAUGAUGAGACAGACACUGCCACACAGGACGCCGCUGAAAAAGGUGAAGCAGGAUUCCAUGUGGAUAAUGGAGAUGCAACUCAUGCGCAAAAUGCUAAGGCGUCCAAUGGCACAAGCGGACAGAAGAAGAAUCGUCCUUUCUCCAGCUUGCCUUUCCAUGCUGUUUUCCAUCCAUCUGGGAAAAAGCAAAAAGCUACCAUGGACGACACUUACAUUUCUAAGCACCUGGAGCGCAUUACGGUUCCUUUGCGAGGUCACGAUUUCACCGGCCUUGGCUUUAACAUCUGCGGCAACAUGAGGGAUGGCAUCUUCGUGAAGGACGUCCUGCACAGGGGGCCCGCCUCCGAAUCUGGGAAGAUAAAAGCAGGUGAUCGAAUUGUUGGUGUGACAGUCUCAUUUGGAGCCAUGGUAUACGAAGAUGCAUUGACCAUCCUGUCCUAUGCUUCGCCGUACGACGUUAAGCUGGAAAUAGAAAAAAGUUCUUCCUCGUCCAGCGUUGCGAGAGCUGUCCAUCUUCCCUCGUCGUCCCCCAAGAGACUGGGUGCAUCUACGAGCUUCAGAAGUGGUGGACAAAGAAGACUGUUCCAUCCUCUGUACAGAAGCCAGUCGAUUGACGACCUGACGCAGAUUGGGAAGGAUAGUUUCCUCGGGGGAAAUUCCUCUGGGAGCCAAAGAGAUUCUACAUCUUCCGCAACACCCAAACGCUCCCAAAGCGUCGAGGCUAGCAAUGGAGGUAUGAAAAACAGGUCCACUUAUGCUCUGAAGAAUGCAGAUGAGGUUGCAUCUAAGAGUUUGUCGAGUAAUAAGGGAAGUCGCAAGUCCAGUACGUCCAGUUGUGAAUCUACUGGAAAAACAGUCACAACGCCACCACCUGAAAAAAUACAAGCUCCACCCAAAGAAGAGCCUGUGCCCAUUCAGAAAGAAACAAAAAGCUCACGGUUCCGAGUAGAGCAAAUUCAUGUCAAGUCAGAAGCUCCAUCAUUACAACCGAAACAUCAGCCACCAACUAAACCAGCAAGAGAAGUCAUCGAGGAUAAACAAGUUAAGCAAACAGAUGCUGCUGACGAGGACAAAAGUCUGGACACAUCUAAAGAAGCUCCCUCGGAUGAAAAUGUUGUUACAAUCUCAACCGAAGAAGUAAUAACGACAUCUGAAGUAGAUACUGAAGGUGAAAAGCCAACAGCACCCCCACGCAAGACCAGCACACCCGCAAAAAGAAGAGCACCAGCUCCUCCUCCCGUUCCACCUACUAAAAAUGAAACUUCAGUUGUUGUGCAUAGAGUAGAUGAUCAGCAACAGCAAUUACCAGAAACCGAGAAGAUAGCAUUCGAAUCGAGCCAAAAGGAGAGCAAUGCAUCUGAACUUGCGCCAGCAUCUGACUUACCAGAUUUCAUUCCUCCCUCUAAAGUUUCGGACCAAAAGGUUGAAUCCUCUAUUAACUCUGCACAUGUAAAUGGGAGAAAUUCUCCUCAAAAAGAAGAACAAUCGAGUCCAGGUAAAAGAAAAGCGUCCUCUCUGGGAGAUCUGACAAAGUUGGAUCAUGGAGCCAAUAAAAAGGCGUCCAUUUCAGCCAUCUUGGAAAGGGCGGUGUCUCUAGAUUUGCAGCAAACCAUGCCAGGAGAAAAUUUGAUAAAACAAAAGAAGAUACUUCGAGCACCGACUUUUGAAGACGAUUACGAUGAAGAUCAUGAAAGUGACUUGAAUGAUACUGAUGGAAACGGUCUGAAAAGAUGGGAUGAUGGUCUGGAUAAAGUUUUCGUUGGUUUAACAAAUGGAGAUACUAAGCCUAAUGGUGGUAUUGAACAAGAUUCUGAUAUGAAAAAUGGCUUCGAAACCGAAUCAUCCGUAAACAAAGCGAUUUCUGACAUGACAGAAUUAAGUGCCUCUACCACUAAUAAAGUGAAAAAAUUGCUCACAGUUGACAUAGAUUUUGAUUCAUCUAGCAGUGAAAACAUGUCACAGGAUGCACCUGAUUCUGAAGCUCAGCUAACUUCGACACCAGCGCAAAAGACGACUGAAGUCAAAAACUUCCUCGAAGAUGACGAUUCGUUGGAUGAUGUUCCCUACUUAGCAAGUGCAGCUCCUCAAAACGAUGAAGAGAAAUCCAACAAGCAUUCCGCUCGUACCAGCAGUACAUCUAUCCCUGUAUUCUCGCCUGUCACUAUUAGCAUACCUGUCAUCAAGCCGGACCUCACACAUUAUGAAAAAUUGCCGAGCCCCCCUCCAGCUAGCACUCAUCCAGGCCUUGACCAGAAUUUGAGAACGUCAAAGACUACGAUAUCCUCAGCAACAGAAGAUACAAGCAAAUCUACCCUCGAAAAAAUAUCCGUCCAAUCAUUGUAUAGACCAAUCUUUACGAACAAGGAGAUAUCAACCCCAGAUUUGGAUACCAAUCCUGAAAAGCUGCUAAAUGGAAUCGAUUCCGACUCCUCAGAACAUUAUACCGCUCAGGAGAAUACAACUGUUGAGAAUACUUCUUCAACGGAGAGUAAUUCUACGUCCUCCUUAACCGUGACAUUAUCCCCGGUGGUUGCCAAUAAUAUUGCAGUCAAAGCUCCAAAUAAUGUGGCAGGCUUCGCAAAGACACUCAUAAUACCGGGUCCCAAUGACGUCGAGAGCCUUCUGAGCCUGGCGGCGGAACCGAACACGCCACCCCCAAACUUAGUACAGCCACCAAAAUCAAUUGAAAAUCAGUGAACAGAUUUGUGAUCGAAAAGUUGUAUUUUUCUAUCUUCAGGGAUCAGCUAUACUCCAAUAGCUAAUUUUGAAUUCAAAUUUAGACGUAACUAGUCCGAUAAAAGUGAUUAGUGAAUACAUUCAAAUUUUAGUAGCGUUAUCGCCAUGAUGAUUCGAGAUAAACGAUAUUUUGUAAUGUUAUCUAGUUUAGAAUACGAUGUUCAACUUAGCUUGUGAUUUUCGUGGUGAGCAAAACAGGGAAAAUUAUUUUCCUCUUUUCUUUGUGCAGAAUGAUUACUUCAUUUAUAAAUAUGAGUUUGUUUUUGUUUAUAAAUAUCCACAGCGGAAAAAAUAUUUUUAUACAUUAUGUUAUCUUGUAACAAAGCUCCCAUCAAAAGGUAAAAUGCGACUAGUAGCAAUAUGUGUGUGCGCGGAUAAGUAUGUAAUGAUGUACUGUUGUUUUUUAUCGAUAUUAUUCGAUUUAUAAACUUUUAGAACUGAUUUGCAUAUAUAACCGUCCAUUCUUAAUACAUGGAAAGUUUGAGCUUUAUUUAAUGCAUUUUUUAAAGGUGCUUAUUUUGCCAAUAUCAACUUUUAUACAAUCUUCUUAAAUUAACAGAGCUAUAGAGCUUUUAUUGUACAUACAUGUCAAAUGCCUCUAUGAAUAAAAUAUUUUUUCUUGCUACUUGCAACUGCGGCAUAGCGUAACAGUAAUCACUUGAAACAUGCAAAGUACGGGAAGGAUUUUAGUUCUAAAACAUCAUUAAGAUACGGGUGGCCCUUCGAUAAUUUGUAUUGCAAAUAAUAGUAUUCCUGAGACAUGUGCUAUUUUCCCAUCUUCUGCCUUGUCUUAAGAAUACUCAUUCGUUAUUUUCGCAUGUCCUGUCCGCAGUAAAGAUUCUUAAAACAGUAAGCGAAUUAUGAGCUAAGGCAAACUAUUUUAGUUUGUGUUACGCGUCAGAAACAAAAAUUUCAGCAAUCCAUAAAGAUCGUAAUUUGACUCAUUGCUGAAAGAAUUCUCCUCAUAGAAAAUCGCAUCCGCAUUGCUAACAGCUGUUUCCAUUGUCUGUAUAGAAACUAAACAUAGGCUUUGGUUGAGUGCGUAGGAGGUCAAUCCGUCAAGUAAUUGAUGGAUGCUAGCAAUAUAUAAAUCGUUUUCAUGUGAUGUUUUAAGAUAGAAAUAAGGAUACUUAACUACGGUAAGUAAUGACGAAACAGUGUCAUGGAGCCUGUUUAGACGAUGAAUAAGAAAUGUCUGGUUAUAAAGAUAUGAAAUGAACUCUAAAAUUAUGUAGCAGAAACUGGCAAAAAAUAAACAACUAUCAAAUUUCCCGCUUUGCAACUCACGUGUGACCAUACUAGAAAAAUUCGUGGAAGGAUUUAUUCACUUUCCAGCGUUUUUCCCAACAAGUUCUAAAAUUUUUUCAAGUUCGAAAAAAUUAUUGCUUUAUAUAAAAAUACUCGUUCAUUAUUAACAUUAACACCUCGUUGUUCGUUUUAAAGAGAUUUAUAAUCUAUAAAAAUAUUAGCGAUCAUACUUUAGGCAUUACACCAGUAGACCACAGAUUCAACCUAUCUUUAAUACUGCAUAUAUCUAAUGUCCCAAAAAUAUAUCUGUCGUUUUUUAAUUUAACAAAGAUUUUUCCCUUAAAAUAUAGAAAGUAGAUUAAAGUUAUAAUUUAACUGGAAUAAAAUCAUACAUAAUUAAGCUUAGUUACUGAUCUUAGCUUUACGCUGUUCGUAAAAUGUGUAUUUCUGCAUUUAUAAGACAUGACGAAUGUACAAAAAAUUUUAAUUACUUAAUGUUUCCUUAAAUUUUGGGACCAAAUGUGCGGAAAUAGCUUUGGAUGAAUAUUUAGUCCAGAAUAUUCAUUUUACACAGAAAUUAUAUGAAAAUAAUCUUAGAUUGUAUUUUAUUUGCUUUCUUGCAUCGAAAGAACUACUAUUCUUUUUUUAAAAAAGUAAUUGUGAUUAAAUUAGUAUUCAUAAUAUGACUUAUUUUUGUCACAUUUUAUAUAAAACUGACAUAGAGGUAAAUGGAGAGAUAAUUUAUAAAAUUAGUCUACAACGCAUAAAUAACAAUUUCAAACAUUAAUUGUAGAUAAUCUGUAAAUAUGAGCUUGCUAAUGCUAGAUUUCUAAAUUUCUACAUUUUACAUUCUGCUCGAUUUCUGAAUUUGUCGACAAAGUUCAAAUUUUCUGUUCAUAAUUGUAGUCAGAUAUAGGAUGCAUUAAAAAGAGCAAAUUUUAAAGUAGUUAUAUCAGUUUUUUAAAUUUUAAAUUGAAGCUGUCUCUGUCCAUUGAUGACUCUACUCAAUGAUGGUCAUUCAAAAUCCGCGCUAAAAUGUAAAAUAUAAAAGAAGUGCGAAGAGAAGGACUAUUUAAUGAUCAAUCUAGACCUGAAAGACGUAUUUUUAAUAAUAUAACAUGGGGAUGGGAAAUAUUGCAAUGAUUAUUCAUCAUUAUUUGGUUCUACACAGAAAACAUAUACUAAAACUUAAAAGCUUGAAGAUUCUAUUUAGCUACAAUUGGAACAAUGACUUCUGAGAAACAUCACUUAAUCUAACUGCUAUGAAGUAUUAAAAUUUUUAAAUUUUUAAAAUGUUUAGUUAGGAAUGCUGAAACAUACAUCCAAUAUUCAAUUGUGGUUUUAUAGGUAUAAUUUGCAAAUAUCGCAAAAAAAAUGUAAUAUUUUUCACGAAGGUCGAUCCUUGAAGUAGCUAUAUACUGCAGUAAUUAAUCUUAAUAUUUGCAGAGCAUUAAACAUUUACUAGUAUAUAAAUUAUUAAAAACAUCCUCAAAAUCUAAUAGCUGUCGAUAAAACUGAAUAGUCCCAAAAGGAAUUUUCUACAACUAUAUCAAAGUAAUUAAUUUACUUUAGUUCCUUAAUAUCUUAAAUUAAAUAGUCACUUAUUCCUAAAUAAUUAUUCAUAAGCAUUUUAAUAAAUAAUAAAUUUACAAAACAAUCCUCUGCUUAUUAAUUAAUAAUUUACUGUUAAUGAUGAUUCUAGGAGUUUUAAGUCUUUCGAAUAGAGCCUACAUUACAUAUCGGAAAAAGUACCACUCUCGUUAGAAAACCAAGAUUGCAGAAUAGCCUAAAAUCUAAACUGCAUUUCAAUACCCCUGCUUUUAUUUGUAAAACAUAAUUAUUAAAAGAAUAUUUAAUAAAAAAUUAAGAACUUGAAUUUCUGAAAUAAAUUAUACACCAAUAAUGUCGGAAUAUCUUACAGAGAAUAUCUUUAUCUUACGGAAUAUACGAGAAUAUACGUACUUUAUCUUAAUCAAUUUUUAUUAAACAAAAUUUUAAAUUUUCAUUUUUGGCACAUUGUGUUUGUUUCGUUGCAAGAUAUAUCAACUGCUAAAAGCGUAACAGGUUCUGGAGAGUUAAAGGGAAGUCGGAGCAGAACUCGCUUACAGAACCAAUCCUCAAAUCCUCUUGCACCAGCCUGAGGAAGAGAAAAAUCGUUCUCGAAACGCAUCACGAGAGAUAGAGCAGGGAGAAGAGCAGAAUCCGAAGAGAAACAAGCAACUACAAUAACAACACACGCAUAUCGAAUAUAAUUAUUAACUACAAUCUUCGGACGCUUGGCUGCGGCAGAAAAAGCCUCAGGGGUAGCCAACUCCUCAAACUGCAUUCCACUGGAAAGAGGAACUGAAAACAGCCAACCGUAGGCACACAGAGAAAAAAAUAAGUACAUAAAUAAAUAAAUAAAAGGGAACUUCACAAAAAUUACGGCACGGCAUUGAUUGAAGAGGAAUUUACCUGGCAUGUAUGUUUCCUCUUCGGUCCUAGUGAAUGAAAAAACACAAAAGAAUAGUAAGAAGUAAUUCAUUCAGUUCCCUCCCCGCUUCUUCUUUGCUACUUAGCAUUUUAAGUAGGAUGAUGAUGAAACAGUCUUGGUCAUGUAUAGCCGCAAGUCAUCCGAAAGAAAAUAAGCUUAUAAAAUUGCGCGUUUAUAGAAUAGAUGACUUUAUGCAUAAAAAUUCCAUAAUAAAGGAAUAUUUAACCAGCAAUCUUGAGAAGCAGGAACAUGAAUACGCGAUGUUAUGUUUAGACUGCUCGGGAUAAUAAUUACUUUUCAAAUAAGUUUUAGCUAGGAAGUUUAACACAUUUGCGAACUAAUGCAAGUCUUGAUAGGUAAUUUUAUGCUAUUUAAAUGCUGAAAUGUAGUAGGAAGCAAGAAGUACUAGUAAUAUUUACUAUAAUAUAAGUACUAGUACUGUCAUAUUUUUUGUAAAUUAUAUAGCUUAUUUUGUAUCUAGAAUGUAUGUACUAAAACUUUAUAGAAUUUUUAAAAAUGGAACCUGAAAGAAUCUGUAAGACUCGACAAAUAUAACUGAAAAAAAAAAAGGUAAUUGUAAAUAUCAAUUCAAAAAUGCCGUAUAAUGUAACUAAAUUCCUGAUAAUUAAUCAGAACACUUAUAUCCGUCAUCUAUCAUUCAUAACACUUUAAUCCAUCAUUCCUGAUAAUUAAUCAGAACACUUAAAUCCUUUAAACUAUGUCUACUAUUGAUCAGUAACUUUGAAAUACAUUGACUCUGUAUUUUCUUUAUAGCUAAGUUAGAUUCUAUAUCCCCCUCCAGUAUGUAAAAUAUGUUUUCUGGGUAUAUAAAAUUGAUUUCAGAAAAAUAGAUUCAGUUAAAAGCUUCAGAUUUAAAAAAAAAAAAAAAAAAAAAAAAAAAAAAAAAAAAAAAACUUUCACAUAAUUGUUUUUUUCUUAUUCUCUCUCUCUCUCUCUCUCUUUUUUUUUUUUUUUUUUUUUUCCAAAUUUUUAGUUGGUUUGUUUUGAUUUUAUAUUCAGAACUUUAUAAUUUGAGUUCUUGAAAUGAAAAUUAAUUAAUAUUAAAUAUAGCUCAGUUGAAAUCACAGUUCUUUAUGGGGGGAACAUAUCAGCUGCGCUGUAAGUUAAACAUAAAUCAUAAGGAACAAGAAUUUUAAGCUUUUUGGACCGUAUGGGUUAGACAGUAUGUUUUAUCUUGCAAUAAUUGCCAGUAGCCGUUAACUUUAAUGUAUAUAUUUAAAGAACCCAUAGAUGUUGCUAAAUGUAUCUCCUUUUUUGAAUUAUUAAUAUUUUCGUCCUUACUCCAUUUACUCCAGUGUAAAGUAUGUGAAAAAGAACUGCUGACGGAAAAAUCAACUGCGCAUACUGAACUCGUAAAAUCUUUUCUUAAAGAUCUGUUCGUGCGGAAGGAAUUUAUCAGUUGUUUGUCAACUGGCAACAAUUCUUCAGAUUAAGGAGUUCUGAAUUGAAAAUGUUUUUCAAUAUAAGGUGGUAGUAAGAUAGCAUACUAAAUAAAAUACUAAGAAACAGGAGUACAUAAUGUAAUAAAAAAUAAAUAAGAUAGUAGUAAGAUAAUAUAAACUGUUUUUGUUCUUAGUAGAGCGUAUCAAAAUGCUUUAAGCUAAAAUAUGAUGAAUCUGAAAUUUUAACAAUUUGAAGAUAAUUUCGUGGCUUAAAACUACUUUUAUACGAAACAUUCAGUGAAUCAGAUACAAUAGUAAUAUUGAAUUAUAAAUAUUAAUGCUCACUUUUAUUUCAUAACCACAAUUAUUCAUUUGCUUUAUUGACGGCAAACGUUCUGAUCUUAUAAAUACAAUAAAAUAAAGCUUCAAAAUAUCCAAACCGAAUUUAGAAAAAUUCAUUUAUGGUAAUAAUGUGUGAAAUCAUUUUAUAAUUAUCAUUAUUGUAAAUUUAGUUACGUUAAACAUAAAUGUUUACAGAGCGACCCCCCCAAAAAAAUACAAAAUGAAGCGUUUUCCACCGAAAUAUUUUUAAUGCCAGCAAUGUACGAGUAACUAAUCGUAAGGGGCCAAAAUAAAAUACUUAUCACUUUUCCCAACAGACAAAUUUAAAAAAAAAAAAAAUUAUUACAAAUUGAAGAGUAAUAUUAUUGCUAUAUGAUUAAAAUAAAAGUAAGAGAAACUAUGUCGGAGAAGUUUAUGUUUAUUGAUUACUAUUCCCAUUGAUGAACUACUUUUAAAAACAUUUUUUUACAAACGUAGAAUCGAAACUAAGCAAAGAAGACAUAAAUACAUCAGAGUUUCGUAGAAUCGAAACUCUGAUGUAUUUAUGUCUUCUUUGCUUCUGUUUAUGCUCAGUAUCUAUCAAAGCUAGUAAUAAAUAAUAAUUACUAAAGAAAUUUUCAAUACUUUUCAAAAUCUUUUAUGAUUAAAUGUGUAAUAAUGAUUUAAAUACGUUCAUUAAGCUUAACAGAAAAGUUUAGUUUAAAUUGCAAUUGAUAAUGAAAAAAGUUUUUAAAAUUAUUUAGCCAAAGUUUAAUGCAAACAGUUCUAGAAUUUCCAUUUAUUUUUUAGAAAAUAAACUACUAACAAGUUCCGAAAGCAUGAUGAUUCAGUAUUGGCUGAUAUUUUUUAUUUCUGACAUUUUUAAUUAUAAUAGCUUUAAUUGAAAUACUUCUGACGUUCUUAACUAGUGUUCAAUUGGCAAGUGCUUGCAUUUUGCAAUUACUUAGGAAUAUUAAACUGUAAAAUGAUUUCACUGAUAUUCACAUAAGAAAAAAUUUCUUUUCAUUCUUCUCUCAUACGAGAAGCUAUUAAUUAGACUCAUAGAUUGCAAUUUUGCAAGUGCAGCUUCGCAAUACUUUUUAAGUAUACUUUCAAUGUAAUUUAGCACAGAAUCAUUAAUCUCCAUAGUUAUGCAUAUCAGAACAAUGUAAACAAAGCAAGAGAUGAUACAGUCUUAGUCAAAUAUAUAUACUCUAUUAAAUAAAGUUAUUGAAUUAUUCUAUUCUAAGCUAUUAAAUGAAUGAGCCAGUACUAACACGUUUUAAACUACUAAUUUUAGACCGAUGUCGCGAAAUUAUUAAAUCAGCGCAAUCUGUAAUAAAAAUUCGAAAAAUUAUCUUUCAUUAUAUAAUGAAGACCCUAGAAUCAUGAGUACAGAACAUAGUGCUCAAAGUUUUGGAUUAUAAAAUCAUACCUGAAAUUAUACGUAAUAGAAUUAAGUUUCAAUUAAAAUUUAUUUUAGGAAUAUAUGUUGUGAAACUGGAUUGCCAAAAGGAAACAAUCAAUUAUAAAUAAUUCAUUGACAUUUAAAUUCAUAUAUUGUUGAAACAUUUCUCAUAUGCAGAAAGGUUGUACUUUGUUACUUCUGUGAACAUCCAAUAAUAGACUUGCCAAUGUAUUUAAAAUUUGAAAAUUUAUGAUAUGUAAUCUAUGAAAUUUGUUAAAAUUAUAUGUCCUAUUUCAGCAAUGAAAAUGAUUAUGGUUUUAUUACAGCUGUAAAUAUGGUCUUAUUACAGCUGUAAAUACAGGGAAUCUCCCUUUUUUCAAUUUUUGCUUUGGUACACAAUAAUUUUUAGAUUAAUAAUUUCGAUUAUUAUUUGCUGUUUAUUUGCAAUAUGCAGACCACUUUUUAACAUUCCCGAUUUACAUUUCUGGUGUUGGUGCUGCCAUCUGUUGGCUAACUGUUGUACAUAAAUUAGUAUACUUUGUCUAAUGGCAUUAUAUUAAACUGGAAAUAUAAAAUAUUUUUCUUUCGAGAUCUUGUAAAAAUGUACUUAUAAAAUGUACUUUGUAUUAUAACUAACUUGUGUACUUGUAAUUUCUGUACUCGACGACUUACGAAAGUGAAUUUGUAAAAUAAAGAAAGAAAAUGAAAA